AUAUAAAACAAAGUGUUUGCCUAACCAAGUUUUCCACACAUAGAGAGAGAGAGAGAGAGAGAGAGAGAGAGAAAGAGAGAGAGAGAUAAACAAGAGGGCGUGCAAACACGACAUAGACAAAGUGAACCACGUUAGAGAAAGGGCUAAUUAGUCGGUUGGUAAUGUUCUCCAAUCUCCAUACCUUUCAAUCCAAGACUAGUUGUACUGGCCCCUAAUAUUCCUCCCCACCAUUACAGCUCUCCAAGCAAAAAAAAAAAAAAAAAACACUCAUUUCUUCUUCAAUAUCAUCUCGCAAAAUUAUAAGGCUCUUCUUUCUUGUGUCUAAUUAGUUUCUACUUCUAAUGAGGAAGCUUUGUCCAAAUUUCGACCGGGAAGAUGCGCUCGAAACCGUCCUCGAGGUCCCGAUCCCGGAGGAGAUGUUCGCUUCCUCUAACAAGAGCGCCGUCAUUUCGUGGCAAAAUAUGAAGGCCUGGAUGAGGUCGUCCGACCGCUCGCAGCAUCCUUCCAACAUGGCCGCCGUCUUUGGCGGCCGCCACGCUGAGAUCCAACUCUUGCUCGGUGUCGUCGGAGCUCCGCUUAUUCCUCUUCCAAUCGCUUGCGACCACCAAAUCAUCACUCGCAACAUUAAAGACCAUCCCAUUGAGGCUUCAAUGGCUAAAUACAUAGUGAAGCAGUACAUAGCGGCAAUUGGGGGAGAAAAGGCGCUGAAUUCGAUAGAGAGCAUGUACGCGAUGGGGAAGGUGAAGAUGGCGGCUUCGGACUUUUGUUCGAGAGAAAAAAGUCUGAAUAGCAACAAGGGGAUGAAGAUGAAGAGCUUGAGAUCACAAGGGGAGAUGGGAGGGUUCGUGUUGUGGCAGAAGGGGCCCGAGUUGUGGUGCUUAGAGUUGGUGGUGUCAGGGUGCAAAAUUAGCGCGGGGAGUGAUGGUAAAGUGGCUUGGAGGCAAACCCCUUGGCACCACUCCCACGCCUCUCGUGGCCCACCUCGCCCUCUAAGGCGUUUCUUACAGGGUCUUGAUCCAAGGUCCACUGCAAAUUUGUUCUCAAAUUCCGUUUGUGUCGGCGAAAAGGCGAUAAACGAUGAGGAUUGCUUCAUCCUAAAACUAGAAGCCGAUUCAUCAAUCCUAAGGGCAAGAAGCAGCAAUAACGUGGAGAUAAUACGACACACCGUUUGGGGUUACUUCAGCCAAAGAACAGGCCUCUUGGUACAACUAGAGGAUUCUCACCUCCUCAGGAUCAAAGCUGCCUCCUCCGAGAACAACGACAGCAUUUUCUGGGAAACGACAAUGGAGUCCCUGAUCGAAGACUACCGAACCGUCGACGGCGUCAACAUCGCCCACGCCGGCAGGACGUCGGUGUCGCUCUUCCGGUUCGGCGAGAACUCGCAAAGCCAUUCGAGGACGGGAAUGGAAGAAGUUUGGGCGAUAGAAGAAGUGGACUUCAACAUAAAGGGUCUUUCCAUGGACUGUUUUUUGCCUCCUGCCGAUCUUAAGAAAGAGGAUCAAGAAACUUGUGGUGGUUUAGUGACCAGUACUACUACUAAUGCCCGAUUGCCCUUCAAAAUUCGGUCGGCUUCUCUCAGGAUUAGCGCUUCUAAAGUAGCCGCCGUUGAUUUGGAUGACCAUGAAAACAUCAUUAGUACUAGUACUGAUGAUGACGACGACGAACACGAAGAAGAAGAAUUUUAAACUAGUUGCGUUUUUCUUGGUCACUCUAAUUAAUCUUGUACAUAUAUAAAUAGCGCCAAAUUAAAAUACAUGAUAUUUGCAUUAUUUAGUUUAUCUUACACACGUUAGUUCUGGUAGCAGAUUGAGCUUUUCAAAAAUAGUAUCAUAGCUUUUGUUAUGUUGCGUUUUACCACAAUGUAUGUAACAUGGUCCCAAUUUUACAAAUAAUAAUAACAGGGGUCAAGUUUUUUU